GAUUGAACGGGAGGAUUUAUUAUCAUCGCCACUAUUUCGACCAAAAAUGUGUUCCAUAGUUAUAACAGAGAUAUUGCGUAAAUUAAAUCAUUCGAUCGUUCGAAUAAUCAAUGAUAAUCGAUCAUGAAUUUUCGAUUUAGAUUGAUGACGACCGGAAAUUACUUUCGGCAAUCUAUCCGCUAUGAAUCGAAUACAGGACCAUCACCAGUGCCAUUAGCCUUUGUGAAAGCUCAACCAAAAUCGAUUUCAAUAGAUUUGAACAAAAAACCGUUACUCAGUUUUCAUGGCCUUUUUGGUUCAAAAACAAAUUUACGAUCAUUGAUGAAUCAAAUUUGUGCACGUACAAAACAGCCAUGUUAUUCAUUUGAUCUUAGAAAUCAUGGUGAAAGUCCACAUGUUGAUGGUGAUAAAUCAGAUAUGCGUGCUAUGGCAUCAGAUAUUCGCCUCUGGAUGGAUACAAACCAUAUUGAUCGUGCCGAUCUUCUUGGACAUAGCCUUGGUGGCCGUGUUAUAUCACAAUUUGCAUUCGAUUGGCCGGAUCGUGUAGAUCGAUUGAUUUUAGUCGAUAUAAGUCCACUGCCAACAUUACCUAAAAUUGAUUUUCUUACUGAAAAUUUUUUUGAUUUACUUGAAAAUUGUAUACAACAAUUGCCUGCCGAAAUGAAUCUAAGUCAAGCUCGUCAACAUAUCCGUACAAUAUUAAUCGAAAAUAUUUCGAAUACAUUUAUCGUUGAUUUUUUCUUACUCAAUCUUUAUCAAGAUAAUAAUGAUGGUAAAAUUAAAUGGCAUUUCAAUACACGUGCAUUGGAAACAUUGGUACGAAAUCGAAUGGCUCAUCAAUUGGAUACAAGUCGACCAUUUAUGGGUGAAUCAUUAAUUAUCUAUGGUGAACAAUCGGAUUAUGUACAACCAAAUCAAUUUGAUCAGAUUCGAAUGAUAAUGCCAAACGUUCAAUUUGUUAGUAUAGCCAAUACUGGUCAUUAUUUACAUGUGGAAAAAGCACAACAAUUUAUCGAUAUUUCAGUUGAUUUUCUAAAAAAAAAUCCGUAUAGCUAAUUAGGCUAAUUAUUAUCAAAUUCUGUUGUUGUCAAUUGUUUGUUUUUUGUUAUUAAUCUUUAAUAAAGUUUAUCAGAUUUUUGAUUGUUUUAGACAAAUUUUCAGACAAAACAAUCAGUCAUUCAGACAUCCUACGCCAGCAAAAAAAAACCAUUUGUUGCACAUAUUUUAUUCGAAUUCCCAAUUUAACCCAACCUUGUUGUGUGUUAUGGCCAAAUAUGGCCAUUGCAGCCACGGGGUUUUGUUACUCUAUAUUAAUAGUUCCGCGUAAUGAUAAUAAUAUUUUGAUUCACAAACAAACGCAGGUAUUACUUGUAUAAUAUUUGAAAAAAAGACACUUGUUCAGGUUGCCACUUUAAAUCAAAUGAUGAUGAAAAAAAGAAAAGGAAUUUUCCCUUUUCAGCUUGUGGAUACGCACGCACACACACACAGUGGGGAAUGAGGUAGAAUGAUGAUGAUAAUAAACA